AUUUAUCAGCAACUCACCUGUUAACAAAUUGGACAUUUCCUGAAGUUUAUGCAAUCUUUUCUUCACAAUUCAUCGUCUCCCAGACACUCCACCUUGAUCAAUUUUUCACCAGCCAAUAACCAAACCUCUUAUCACCAUCAUCCUCAUCAAGAUUUUCUUUUAUGGCCUUUCAUCCUAACCAUCUCUCACAGCAGUUGGGCCUACAACAAUUCUCCGAUACCGACAACAAUUCCGACCUCCAGACACUUCUCCCUGACCACCACCCCCCUAUCCCGGGCCAGCCUUCUUCUCCUCGUUCGUCCGUAAAAGAUCACUGGCUCAAUAGCCCGACUCUCCGCCAGCAGGGUCAGUACGGAGUGACAACAACUUCCCAGCAGCAGCAUCGGGCCGGGGCGAAUAAUAACAACCAGUGGCUAUCGAGAUCGAUGAUGCAAAGGAACGUUGGUGACGCUAGAGGAGACGACAUGGUUUCACAAGUCUCCAAUGAUUCAAUUAUGGCCUCAGCAGCCGCGAUGUCAUCUCAUGGUUCGCCGGAUUUGAAUAAUCAGUCCAGAAACAUUGCUGCAAGCCAGGUGGAUAAUAAUGGAGGAAGUGAGGUAGGUGGUGGGGAUGGUGGGGGUGAAGUUGCGUGGCAAAAUGCUCGGUACAAAGCAGAGUUACUAUCACACCCGCUCUACGAGCAGUUGUUGUCGGCUCAUGUGUCUUGUUUACGAAUUGCAACUCCUGUGGAUCAGUUGCCGAGGAUUGAUGCGCAGCUGGCUCAGUCGCAGCAUGUGGUAUCGAAGUAUUCGGGUCUUGGUGGUCAUGUUAGUGUUGGUGAUGAUAAGGAGCUAGAUCAGUUCAUGACUCAUUAUGUUCUGUUGCUAUGCUCUUUUAAAGAACAAUUACAACAACACGUUCGGGUUCAUGCAAUGGAAGCUGUUAUGGCGUGUUGGGAGAUUGAGCAGUCGUUACAAAGUUUAACGGGAGUGUCACCCGGAGAAGGAACAGGUGCAACAAUGUCUGAUGAUGAUGAAGAUCAAGUAGACAGUGAUGUCAAUCUGUUUGAUGGGAGUCUUGAUGGACAUGAUAGCAUGGGGUUCGGGCCUCUUGUCCCGACUGAGAGCGAGAGAUCAUUGAUGGAGCGUGUGAGGCAAGAGCUAAAGCAUGAGUUAAAACAGGGUUACAAGGAGAAGCUUGUGGACAUUAGGGAGGAGAUAUUACGUAAAAGACGGGCAGGGAAACUGCCCGGUAACACCACUUCGGUUUUAAAAUCAUGGUGGCAAUCCCAUGCCAAAUGGCCGUACCCUACGGAAGAAGAUAAGGCAAGAUUGGUACAGGAAACCGGCCUGCAGUUAAAGCAGAUAAACAAUUGGUUUAUUAAUCAGAGAAAACGAAACUGGCACAGCAAUACUUCUUCAACCGUCUCGAAGAGCAAGCGUAAAAGGUGACAAAAGUAGUGAUCAUAACAUGUAAAUCAAGAAACUACCAUCUGAACAGAUCGAGAUGAUCUUGCAUGCAUGCAUCCAAUUGCAAGAUUCUGGAAUGGGCUGCUGUCAUGAGGAGGAAAAGAUGGAUGAAAAUGAUGUUGUAGGUGGUAUACGUUUAGAAGUUUGACUCUUGAAAGUCAUAUUUGUGACCAUAACUAAAUUUAAGAUACAUUAAUUAAUUUAAUUAAUAUGCCAUGUUUUUUUAACGACGAA